AACCUGCAGGCCUGGAUGAAGGAUGAACCAGCAAGCACAAACUUGCUCACAAAGCUAGACUGCGCCUUCACCCUGAAGGAGCCCUUCGGCCUGGUGCUCAUCAUCAGCCCCUGGAACUACCCUGUAAACCUGACCCUGGUGCCCCUGGUGGGGGCCAUUGCAGCAGGGAACUGUGUGAUACUGAAGCCAUCAGAAAAAAGCAAGGGCACAGAGAAGGUGCUGGCUGAGGUGUUGCCCCAGUACCUGGACCAGAGCUGCUUUGCUGUGGUGGUGGGUGGGUCUCAGGAGACCCAGAAGCUGCUGGAGCACAAAUUUGACUACAUCUUCUUCACAGGGAGCCCUCAUGUAGGCAAGAUUGUCAUGACUGCUGCUGCCAAGCACCUGACGCCCAUCACUCUGGAGCUGGGGGGCAAGAACCCCUGCUAUGUGGAUGACAACUGUGACCCCCAGACUGUGGCCAACCGCCUGGCUUGGUUCCGCUACUUCAACACCGGCCAGACCUGUGUGGCGCCUGAUUACGUCCUGUGCAGCCCAGACAUGCAGGAGCGGCUGCUUCCUGCUUUACAGAACGCUAUCACCCGUUUCUAUGGCGAUGACCCCCAGAACUCCCCCAACCUGGGCCGCGUCAUCAACCAGAAACAUUUCAAGCGGCUCCAGGAACUGCUGAACUGUGGCCGCGUGGCCAUCGGAGGACAGAGUGACGAGAGCAAUCUCUAUAUCGCACCCACAGUGCUGGUGGACGUGCAGGAGACAGAUAAGGUGAUGCAGGAGGAAAUCUUUGGGCCCAUCCUGCCCCUGAUGACUGUGAAGAGCCUGGACGAGGCCAUCAACUUCAUCAACCAUCGGGAGAAGCCACUGGCCCUGUACGCCUUCUCUAACAACAGCCAGGUAGUGAACCAGGUACUGGACCAGACCAGCAGCGGCAAUUUCAGAGGCAAUGACGGCUUCCUGUAUGCAACUCUGCUAUCCCUGCCAUUUGGAGGAGUUGGCAAAAGUGGAAUGGGCAGAUACCAUGGCAAGUUCUCCUUCGACACCUUCUCCAACCACCGCGCCUGCCUGAUCUCUCCCUCGGGCCUGGAGAAGCUCAAUGAGAUCCGAUACCCGCCAUAUAGUUCCCAGGCCCAGAAGCUGCUGAGGUGGGCCAUGAGCUCCCACAGCUGCACCCUUCAGUGAGUGCCCGCCCAUCUCCAGCACCCACCAUGGAUACCUGACAUCUGCUGCUGGUGGCAGCCCAGCACCCCAUGACCUGCCCUGAGCUGCCAUCUGCUGCCCACAUUCUCAAUGGUCCUUGAAAGGAAUAUGUCCAGCCCUGACCAUGAAGAUCCCACUCUUGGGGCUUUUUCUGAACAGUUCUCCAGCUAAGCAGGACCUCUGGUGGCUGGUCCAGUCCCUUUCUACACCUCAGUCUCCUCUGUAGCCUCCUGUCCCUCUGCUUAGAUAGGUCUGUGAUGGGAAACCCUUGUGUCCCAGAGUUUGGAAGAUUCUGUAGCUAGAGAAGACUUUAUAAAUAGAUGUAUAAAUGGAAUUCCU